AUGAGUCAUAUUCCUCAAGGUCAUCAAGGCACAUCUAUUCAUCAUAUUUCAGUAGUUAAAGGAAGUACACAAGGAGCGUACCGUUGUGAGAUUCUUGAUCGGGAAUUUAUGUUCAGUGAUCAAUUGGAAACAGUUAUAAGCGGGCUUUAUGGUCAUGAUAUUGCAGAGCAUGCACGUUUUUAUGUUGAUCAAAAACAUGUUAAUCGACAUUCCUUAUUAGAUGAAUAUCAAGGAAAAAAUGUUCAUGUUUAUUAUGCUGAUCAUAUUCAUGAUCCAAACAGAAUUGGGUCAUUUUCUGUUCCUGUACUUGAACACCACCAAAUGCCAAAACAUCAUGAAACGGGUAUUAUACAUUGA